AUGCGAUCUGAUAAAUGCACGUUCGGGGUUGCUAGGAGCCGUCACGCAGCGGCCGCUGAUCAGUCAAUGGAAAUGAAGCAAUUUGAAGGAGCUCCUUUUGGAACUCAGAAAGCCAGGUUUGAUGUGUAUGGAGUUCACCCAGACAGAAAGAAGCAAGGCGCUUACACAGAAGUGCCUUACGAUAAGAGGGCCACUGGGGAACUGGAAAGAAGAUUGGCACCUGGUUACUACAAUGUGGACACAGGAGACUUCAGUCCUAGCAAGGUUUCUUGUAAAGCAGCAGGUCCUGGUUGGGCAAGAGCGUAUGAAAUAGAAAGGUUUGCUCAGACACCACAGUCAUUUUAUAAAGAACAAAAGCUAAAAAAGAAGUUCUUGGAAACAAAUCUUGGUCCAGGCAAAUAUGAGAUCCCACAUUUUCUUGACUUAUUACAAAAGAAGAAUCCUGGAAGCAGAGGCAUUUGUGACACUAACGAGCAGCGCUUUAAAAAGCAAAAAGAUAUUGGUAGCCCAGGUCCCGGUACGUAUGGAAAGGGUGGGAUUCCAACUGCGGUCCUGGAGGAGAAAGCAAAGAUGUCUUUUGGGUCACAAGGAAUAAUGGAUUCAAAAUCUGCAAAGAACCGAUCUCUUGAUACAGUGGGCUGUGACUUGGCACCAACAACAUAUAACCUUGAGAAUAGCAUAGAUAAAUUGCUGACACGGGUAGUCAGUAAACGUGGCCCCUAUGAUCUCUUUACGGGCGAAAGGAGUGAUCGGAUAAAAACUGGGCAUCUUGCAACGGACCCACUGAAUCUUUAUCCUGGAAUGUAUAAAAUUGAGUCAUUCAUUGAUGAUCUGUCAAAUCCAGCAAAGAAACAACAUGGAAAGUUCGGUACUGUUGAGCAGUACCCAUUUCCCCCAGUAGAGAGAAUAUUCUACACUGGACUGAAUAUGUUUCGACCACAAGUCGGUAGGGAUACCUUUUAUGAUGUGAAGCAACUUUCCAGGCCAGAAAAUCGAAAACCGCCUCCUUUUUUGUCGUCCACAAGCCGGGGUGGUCGUGUACCUGUUAAAAUGCUCACUUUUAACCCAAACAAUGUUGGUGUAGGUCGCUAUGACCCUGGUAAAUAUAAUCCAAAUCCAACAAAACCCUGCCAGUCACCUUUCAAAUCCAAGACUCAACGUUACCUCAGCAACAUUGAAAGGGAUAAGUUCCUGCUGGAGCGUCUGGGAUCUGGAAAAAGACCAGAUCAAGAUUGAAAACAAAUACUGGACUUUAACCUAACUGAAUAAACAUCUCA